GGAUCCAGUGCUCCGACCCUGGGCUGGCCGUGGGCGCAGGGUCGCCCUUCUCCCCAAACCCGCCCUUCUCCCCAAGCCCAUCCCCCCCCCCCCAGCACUGCUCCGCCUCCGGCGCUGCCGCUUUACAUUCUGGGAGUCGUAGUCUGGCGGGCAGCGCCCGGAAGGACGGAAGGGCACCGGAGGCUAGACGGCCCUCUUGCUACCAGAGAGUUCAAGAUGGCGGCCUCCUGGUCGCCCUUGGUUACACUGCGCUUAGUGCAGAGCCGGCUGAGAGGGAGAUGUGUUGGGUGCGGGGCCUGGGCUGCUGCUCUCGCCCCUCCGGCCACCGCCCCUGGAAACACCUUUUGGAAAGCAUAUACAGUUCAAACACCUGAGAUUAUGUCUCCAACGGCAGCUACAGAGGUUUACUCAAAAGCUUUGGCUGUUUGCCAUGGACCCCUGGACCACUAUGACUUUCUGAUCAAAGCUCAUGAGAUAAAGGACGAUGAACAUCAAAGAAGAGUCAUACAGUGUUUGCAGAAAUUACAUGAGGACCUUAAAGGAUAUGAUAUAGAGACAGGAGGACUUUUUUCAAAGCUUUUUUCAAGGAGCAAACCUCCACGGGGCCUGUAUGUUUAUGGAGAUGUUGGUACAGGGAAAACAAUGGUGAUGGACAUGUUUUAUGCUUAUGUGGAAAUGAAGAGGAAGAAACGGGUUCAUUUUCAUGGCUUCAUGCUAGAUGUUCAUGAAAGAAUACAUCGCCUUAAACAGAGUUUGCCAAAAAGGAAACCAGGACUCAUGGCUAAAUCAUAUGAUCCAAUAGCUCCCAUAGCUGAAGAAAUCAGUGAAGAGGCAUGUCUCUUAUGUUUUGAUGAGUUUCAGGUCACUGACAUUGCUGAUGCCAUGAUUCUGAAACAGCUUUUUGAAAAUCUGUUCAAAAAUGGGGUCGUCGUUGUGGCAACAUCCAACAGGCCACCGGAAGAUCUCUAUAAAAAUGGACUCCAAAGAGCUAACUUUGUGCCAUUCAUUGCUGUCCUAAAGGAAUACUGUCAUACUGUCCAGCUAGAUUCUGGAGUAGAUUACCGGAAAAGGGAGCUUCCUGCUGCAGGAAAACUCUACUAUCUCACAAGUGAAGCUGAUGUGGAGGCUGUCAUGGAUAAGUUGUUUGAUGAGCUGGCUCAGAAACAAAAUGAUUUAACUAGACCAAGGAUUCUAAAAGUGCAAGGCAGAGAGCUGCGGCUGAAUAAAGCCUGUGGAACGGUUGCCGACUGCACAUUUGAAGAGCUGUGUGAGAGACCACUUGGAGCCAGUGACUAUCUGGAAUUAGCAAAGAAUUUUGAUACAGUAUUUUUACGAAACAUUCCACAAUUUACGCUGGCAAAGAGGACGCAAGCUCGAAGAUUCAUAACUCUCAUUGAUAACUUCUAUGAUUUCAAGGUGCGCAUAAUUUGUUCUGCAUCGACUCCUAUACCGAGCUUAUUUUUGCAUCAACAUCAUGACAGUGAGCUGGAGCAUAGCAGAAUACUGAUGGAUGAUUUGGGGCUGAGCCAGGACUCCGCAGAAGGACUCUCCAUGUUUACUGGAGAAGAGGAAAUCUUCGCGUUUCAGCGCACGAUUUCCCGACUCACAGAAAUGCAGACUGAGCAGUACUGGAACGAAGGAGACAGAAGCAAGAAGUAACCGUGGCUUUUUCAUGAAUAAAACUUCGGCAGAUGAUUACGGCAGGGAGAACUCUUCAUUAUGGGACUUGGAGGAAUUGUUUUCUCAUCACUGAUUAUGCACUUUGUCCUCUGGACCAUUUUUAUCUAAAAUUACUCAAAGAAGUAGUGGAUUUGUAAGUUAAAGCCAUUUUUAUGGGUUUAUUUUUUGCCUAUUUAUUAGGCUUUAUUUCUGCACCACAAAAUUAAAAUGAUCACUCCUGAA